AUAAAAUUACAACUAAAAAUCAGAUUCAAUCGACGGGGGAGACGCAAAAGAAACGUAUAGGCGUCGAUGUGGCGAUAACCGCGAUGACGCUCUCUGGAACGAAACACCGAUGCCGCAGGCGACGUUCGCAGACGACGGGCCGCUGACACGGAUCGACGUGACCUCCGUCGUUCGUCCUGGAAUGAAGUGAAGCGUUGUUUAUUAUAUAUAAAGAAAAUCUCUCGUACCCACGCACGGAAGUUUGCGUCGGAUUGCGCCGGGGGGCCCCGAUCAUCGGAUUUGCCCGCCGAUCGAGUUGAUCGACGCAAAAGUAAAACGAUCGAUAAGCGAGGGCGUCAUCGCGUCGCGUCGACAUUUCGUUCGCUUUGCGGCGAGAAAUCAAUCGGAAAAAAACGAGCAGGAAGCUGUGUUCAACCAUCCUCCCCCCCUUCCUUUCUCUCGAAGAUGAGCGAUCUCGUCACCGCCGCCGCUGCGCUACCGCAUUGAGGGCUGCGGACUCUCGCGCGCAACACCCUUUCCGCGCGCGCGCGCAUGUGUGUGCGUGUUACGUGUGCGUGCGUGGCGUAAAUAGAGAUCAUAUGAUCGUCCGAGAGUCGUCGUCGCGGAUCAAGUGGAUUCGCCCAGCGGGAAUGAGCGCGAUGCCGUCGCCGACGGGCGAGGAAAGUGUCUGAAGAGGCGCAGGAAUUGUCCGGGACAUUUGCGUUUCCACAGUCGGCGUGCGACGACACCAUCGCCACAUGAACGAGCAAUUCGUCCGCCUCGCGUCCUCCGAUUCCUGCAGCGGGCGCGAUCUCUCUCCGACGCGCGAUGGCGAGCGCAACCGAGAACAUCGCCUGCGGUGGCUUCGUGUUCCUCAACAACUUCGACUCGGCCAAUCUGGCCAGGGUGGAACCAGUGAGGCUCCCGGAGACCUUCGAGAAAGAUGUUUACGAGAAUGAAGGCAAAUCGACCAAUAGCUCGAGCUCCAAAGACGCGUUGGAUUACGAAUUCAACUUGUGGACGAAGCACGAUUGUCACGAUACGCAGUUUCAAAACAACAAUAGAACCUGGUUUUACUUUGGCGUCAAGUCUAGUCGUCCGAGUGUCUCGGUCAGAUUUAAUAUAGUCAAUCUGAACAAGCAAGUCAAGAUGUUCAGUCAGGGGAUGUGCCCGGUCUUUAAGAUUGUGCCCGGACACUUGCACUGGGAGCGGAUUCGCGAGAAACCUACAUACACUCUCGAUCAGAGAGGGAACGACUUUACUUUAUCGUUCCUCUAUUACACUCCAGAAAAUUCAAAAGCUGUUACUUACUUUGCCUUUACCUAUCCAUUCUCGUAUACAGAUUUACAAAAUUAUUUGAGAAGGAUCGAUGCGAGAAUGGGGAAAAGGAGUGUAAUGUCUACGGACGACGUCUAUUAUCAUAGAGAAUGUGCAAUAAGAUCACUGGAGGAUCGUAGAUUAGAUUUAUUAACAAUAAGCUCCUAUCACAACAUAUCGACGGAGAGAGAAGAUAGACUGAGUAAUAUGUUCCCUGAGAAAAGCGAGGAGAGACCAUACAAAUUUCGGGACAAGAAGGUGAUUUUUAUUAGCGCCAGAGUCCACCCGGGCGAAACACCGUCUAGCUUUGUUCUAAAUGGUUUCCUCAACUUUCUACUGAACCGAGAAGAUCAGAUUGCUACAAAUUUACGUCGCCUGUAUGUGUUCAAAUUGAUACCGAUGCUCAACCCGGAUGGUGUUGCCAAAGGUCAUUAUCGAAUGGACACUAAGGGAAUAAAUUUGAAUAGGGUUUAUCUAAAUCCUUCCGAAGUAGACCACCCUACGAUAUACGCCGCGAGGAACUUGAUAAAAUACUAUCACAAUUCUUACCAGCUACCGAGCGAACUAACUGACGACCUAUCGAAUAUAAAUUUAGAAAUUAUGGACAGCAAUGUAAGCAUUUUAAACUCGUCUGCGUCGAUAGCGAACGCUGUACGUGACACAACCACAAGACUGUUGCAACAAGUAACGUUUAUGUCGUUAGAUGAGAAGAACAGAUGUGCUACUGGCAAGAAACAUUUAUUGCCAUUAGAGCACUUGGACAGUGCAGCAAUUGAUGAGAGCGAGGAACUGUCUAGAGAAAGUCAAAACGAUAACGUCACGGAGGUCAGGACGAGUGACAAGCUAACUUGUACAGCCGUCGACGAGGGCGAGAUACCAAAAUGCUCGGAUAAUUCUGGGUUAUACCUGUAUAUCGAUCUUCACGGCCAUGCCUCGAAGAAAGGCGUAUUCAUGUAUGGAAAUCACUUCACUGACCCAGAAGAUACUAUCGCAUGCAUGCUUCUACCCAAGUUGAUGUCUCUCAACAAUCCACACUUUCAUUUCACAUCGUGCAAUUUUGCGGAACGAAAUAUGUACAUUAUAGACAAGCGGGACGGUAUGUCUAGGGAAGGCUCGGGACGCGUGGCGGUGUACAAGACGACUGGUCUGAUACGCAGCUAUACUCUAGAAUGCAAUUAUAACUCUGGCCGUUUGGUGAACGUGAUACCCGCUAGAAUUCGCGAUGGGGUGAAUAAAACUAUGAAUAAUGUGUUCGUUCCUCCGAAGUACACGCCUGCGGUGUUUGAAGCGGUCGGGGCAGCACUAGGUCCUUCCAUUCUCGAUCUCACUGGGAACAAUCCCAACAGCCGAUUGCCAAAUAGCCAAUAUCGCUCUCUAAGAGGAGUAAAAUCUCACUUGAAAUUAACAUACGUGAGCAAUCUCUCUGCACCGCCCAGCAAAGCAGUGCGUAAGGAUAACGAAGGCGACGUUGCGCGGAGCAGCGGCAUCUUAAAGGAGUUGGAAACGAGAUUGAACGACGCGGUAGCAGGGGCGAGGAACGCCAUAAGGAGCGAGGGCAACCUGGUGAAGAAGUGCAUCCUUCGCCGCGGCGCCUCCUUUUACACGGCGGUGAAGAGGAUCAAGGGCGGCAAGAAGCCUAGGCAGACGCUCGCACGUCGCGCGCUGAAGACCCAUUGCACCAGCAAUGUGGAGAACAGCGCGAUAAUCUGCGCGAUCACGUCCGAGGUGGAGGCGAAGCCGUUUCUAAAGGCGAUCGACCGCUAUCGCUCUAACGCAGGCUCGACGAUCAGUGACACCCUCGAGCCGCGUUUGAGCGCGAAUAAGAAGCCAAGGGCGGCCAACGGUUCAGCGAAGACGCGCGUCUCCUCCGAGGAAACGGCGGCGGUGCGGCAGGGCGCAAAGAGGCUCAAAGUCAUCUCGUCCACGAGAACGUCCAAGCCGCUUCCCGAGGUCGGAGAAUCGUCCCGCGCGGCGGAGACCGGCGCGAAGGGAUCCCCGAAGGUGCCGCGCGCCUGCGACAAGCAGAGCGUUCAAGGGACGCGCGACAGAGCCAAGAUUGCUGGACACGUAAAGCCGAGCGAGUCUUCCAGGCUUCUGAAAAAAAUUAACAAGACUGCCGUUAAGAGUUCCGUACUUGCGGAAGGCGCGAAGCAGAAUCCUAAAUGAGCUCAGUUAUGAUACCAAGAACCAAUCACCGACUCGUGAGAUACGGGAAAUCAAUCCCGUUGCCAUUGAUCUCCCGUAUCUCUAUUCAGAAAGAUAUUUUGAACGUUGUAAUUGUGUGUGUACAGGAUGACCGGUGAAUCCUGGUACAAUCGACCAGGCGAAACGGGCGAAGACGCAUACAAAUAUUUCCGUGGCGAGUUUUCUACAUCCUGUGUAUACAAUACGCGAUGCGUUGCCUCUUCUUUGUAUUAUUUGGUGAUGAUAACGUGUGAUGUACCGUAGAUAUUUCCAUCGUGUUUUACAUACCUGAGUCAAAGAAAUGUACAUAUUACGUUAUUGCUAUAUACGUAUAUUCUUAUGUGUUAGGUGCGUACACGAAAUACCGUUCAGUUAUCAACUAUAUGUAGUUGAAUAUGUUUUUCAUAGAGCUCCACUUGAAUCUGUGCAAUUAAUAUGCGUGAUAUCUUGAAAACUAGCGCUCGUCUUAAAAAUAUGGUUUCAGUUACGUUUUAUCGCCGGCUAAAAUUCUACGAUGCAAACAAGAUUACAUUUUGUAAAUCUAAAAGUUUAUUUUUGUUGAGAGAGAUAUGUCUCUUUAAACUUAUCGUUUUUUUUUUCCUUUAAUGGUUUCGGAGAUGAUUGCAUAGAGAGACUGUCGUCCUGUACAUUAGAUUAGCGUUGCGUUAUAUGAAUAUAUAAAUGUUAUGCUU